CCUCCCAGAAGCCGCUGCGAAAUAUGCAGAUUAGCAGCUUUCUAUUGGUGGCUGUCCGGCUUGUCACCGCCGCUUAGCGCGGAGACUGGGAGCGAAGCGGUGGCGACUGCAGCUGCUGGCGGGGCAGGUAACGGGAAGUUUGAAGUCAUGGCCGGAAAACCAAAACUUUACUACUUUGAUGGAAGAGGCAAGAUGGAGUCAAUUCGCUGGUUGUUAGCCGCAGCUGGGGUCGAGUUUGAAGAAGAGUUUUUGGAAACCCGAGAGCAGUAUGAGAAGCUCCUGCAAGGUGGAUCCCUGCUGUUUCAGCAAGUGCCCAUGGUGGAGAUGGAUGGGAUGAAGAUGGUGCAGACCAGAGCCAUCCUCAGCUACAUAGCGGCAAAGUACAACCUCUAUGGGAAGGACCUGAAGGAGAGAGCCCUGAUUGAUAUGUAUGUUGGAGGAACUGAUGACCUUAUGGGUUUCAUUUUGAUGUUCCCGUUCUUAUCAGCUGAGGAUAAAGAGAAGCAACGAGCUGUUAUAGUUCAAAAGGCAACAAGCAGGUAUUUCCCAGCAUAUGAAAAGGUUUUGAAAGACCAUGGGCAGGAUUUUCUUGUUGGCAACAGUUUUAGCUGGGCAGAUGUUCAUCUUCUAGAAGCCAUUUUAAUGGUAGAAGAGAAGAAGUCAGACGUGCUCUCAGGCUUUCCUCAGUUACAGGCAUUUAAAGCAAGGAUAAGCAGCAUCCCCACAAUCAAGAAAUUUCUAAAGCCAGGAAGCCAGAGAAAACCUGUUCCUGAUGAUAAAUACGCGGAGACUGUGAGAAGAGUUCUCCGCAUGUAUUAUGACGUAAAAGCGAAUUAGUGUGCCUGGCUAUAACAACAGCUGUGCUUGGUUUGAGAGAGCUGUCAGAUUGCACAUGUACAAUUACACUGCAGAGAGAAGCUGAAGGGGUGUUUGAAAGGAGUUUCAAUGGGCAGUGUCUCAUGUUCGCUCAUACAAAAUACAGUAGGCAGGUAUUUUUUAUAACACUUUACUACUAGCCUAUUUUUUUCUUCUUCUUGAGAUUUUUCUGGUAAUUUUAAGCAAGUGAAAUGGCAGCAAGCAUGCUGUCUUCCUGGAGACUUCUUGGAAGAGUAAAAAAGAAAGAAAUGUGAGUUGCUGACUGACAGCUUCAGCAUGUUCUGCUACUUCUGAGGACUUUCUUCUGAGAUCCAGAUCAGAUUUUUGUAUGAUGAUGGCUUCCAAUUCAGACCUUUAUUGUUUGUAGUAUCACUGUGGACAAAUGAAACAAGUGUUUUUUAAAGGAAGCAGGAAGGAGGUGUUUCUCUUGCCAGUUCUAUUAGACAUCAGUGACUUGUCUGAAAUGUCAGCAUUGUGCCUUUAUAACUAAGCUGCACUUUUCUUUUGUUACUGAAUUAGGAAACAAGUUGACUGCCAAAUGGCAUUUUCAUGUAACUGCUGUAUCUAGAGGAUCUGUUCUCAUCAAAUAAACGUUCUAUUUCUAUGC